GCGUGGCUCAGGGCGGGCACUUGACAGGAAGAAGGAAGGCCGGGCUCGUUGGGCAACUUGGAACAAGAGUUGGUUUUAAGCAGUGGCCACAAUGGCCGCUCACUGCCGGGGCACAGAAAUCGAUCUUAGCUGGAUCUCCCAAGUCCACGUGAAUCACGCAGCCGUGCUGAGGCGGGCCGAGCAGAUCCAGGCCCGUAGGAGCGUGAAGAAGGAAUGGCAGGCUGCGUGGCUCCUGAAAGCUGUCACGUUGAUAGACCUUACCACGCUUUCUGGUGAUGACACGUUUUCCAAUGUUCAACGGCUCUGUUAUAAAGCCAAAUAUCCAAUCCGGGCAGACCUCUUAAAAGCUUUAAAUAUGGAUGAUAAAGGUAUCACCACGGCUGCAGUCUGUGUCUAUCCCGCCCGGGUGUGCGAUGCUGUGAAGGCCCUGAAGGCCGCAGGCUGCAGUAUCCCCGUGGCCUCAGUGGCCACUGGCUUUCCAGCUGGACAGACUCAUUUAAAGACUCGGUUGGAAGAGGUCAGACUGGCAGUGGAGGAUGGAGCUACGGAAAUCGACGUGGUCAUUAACAGGACCUUGGUUCUGACUGGCCAGUGGGAAGCCCUCUAUGAUGAGAUCACUCAGUUUCGAAAGGCCUGCGGGGAGGCCCAUCUCAAAACCAUCUUAGCUACAGGAGAACUCGGCUCUCUCACCAACGUCUACAAAGCCAGCCUGGUAGCAAUGAUGGCAGGAUCAGAUUUUAUUAAGACCUCUACUGGAAAAGAAACAGUAAAUGCCACCUUCCCGGUAGCCAUCGUAAUGCUGCGGGCCAUUAGAGAUUUCUUCUGGAAAACUGGAAACAAGGUAGGCUUUAAGCCUGCAGGAGGCAUCCGCACUGCAAAGGAGUCCCUAGCAUGGCUCUCCCUGGUAAAGGAGGAGCUAGGCAACGAGUGGCUGACGCCUGACCUCUUCCGGAUAGGGGCCAGUUCUCUGCUUUCAGACAUCGAGAGACAGAUUUACCAUCACGUGACUGGACGCCAUGCAGCUUGUCAUGAUCUUCCGAUGUCUUAGGUCAGCAGCCAGCCCAGAAAAGCAUCUUGCAACAAAUUGUUCAAAAAAAAAUGUUUUUGCAUAAUUGCUAAGGUUAUAUAAUUUCAGAACAAUUAACUGACUUUCCCCCAUUACAGUCUCCCCAGAAAUCAACUCGAAACAAUAAAGGAAACAAACCAGUUGAAUCUAAAUGUGGAUUCAGAUCAAGAAAGGUUGACGUGGUCUUCAUUACCAGACGGUCCGUGUUUAUUAAUUUUGUGAAGAUUUCCUUUGGAAAACUCAGAAUAAAAUGUUUCUAAUAGCCUGCACUCCAGAAAAUUCUGAAGGGAAAAUGAAAUGAAAUUGCCUGAGACCUGAGAUUCUAGGGUGGGGGAGGCAGGGGAGGCUUGGAGGGAAGGGUGUUUAUUACCAAACCUGGCACACCUGUUCAGCUCUGACUACAGGGUGGUCUCGGAGAGCCGAUGCCAAAGGCUGUCCUCUGACAUCCACACAUCUGCGUCCCCUACCUCUGACUCAUAAUAAAUUUAAAAAUGUGAUGAAAAUGAAACUGGGUGCUAGGGAUGCCCUGUUCCCCUGCUGCCUCCCAGUGUGGAGCCCCGACUCUCUGUGCUAUCCUGAACAUUCUCACUAGUUGUUUUGCUAAUAAGAUUGUGAUGAUAUUGCAAGAGAAUGAAUAUCACUGAAUUUUUAAAUAAAAAAAUCUCUGUG